AUGGCGCGUCCACCACUUCUAUAUGACCCGACGUUAGCUCGUCAAAAUCCACAAGGACCGCCACAAGCAGCUCAGUUCAAUCUCAGGAACCCGUUCGCCGUGCAGUCUAACAGGCCAAGCCAGCAGCUGACAGAGGAGGAGAGCAACAAUCCAAGACGAGGUCGCUCCGAGUCUCUUCCAAACACUUCCUUUCCUCCACAGCAAAAUACAAGCGAGAUCAACUCGCAAAUGUACCAGACAACAGCAUUCCAACGACGCCACGAUCGUCAGAGCCUGUCGCGAUCAGGCUGCGGUGGCGAGAUUCAACAAUUCAACCAAUAUGUCGACAACGGUGUCUACGACCAAGUAUACGGGUACGGCUUCAACGAUAGUUUCAACAACUCUGUCGAUCAACAGAACACUCUCCACCCAAUGUAUCAAACUUGGCAACUGGGACCGAAUCCGAUGGCAGGAAAUCAAGAUAGCUACGGACAAGCACUGACUCCCAACUCGACGAGUUCUUCGAAUCUAGACCCCUCUGGUGACCAGCCGAGGGCGCGAAAGCUCAACGAAAACUGCAGAUGUGCGUACUGCAACAAAUGCUUUCAGAGCACGUGGCAUCUGAAGCGACACGAGCGAACGCACACGAACGAAAAGCCCUACAACUGUCAGAACUGCGGGAAGUCUUACUCGGAUAACAGCAAUUACUCGAAACACGUGCGCAAGUGCUUCAGCGGAAUAGUUGACAACGACAUCAUGCCGCAAAUGGCGGCGCCUGGAUCAAUGGGAUCCAACGAACCAGGCGCCAACUAG